AUGACCUUUUAUGUUGCACUAAAGGAUGGAAGCUCUGGCAGUAAUAGUGUUAUUUUUGAUGAAGAUAGUGAUUUAAGCGAUGAGAAUUUUGAAUCAGAUGAUAGCUUGCAGGACAGAGACUAUGCUGUAUCUGAUGGUGAUACGGGAAAUAGCUCAGAUUCUGAGAUAUUGGUGAGAAAUUUUCUGCCAGUUCAGCGAGCUGCAAUACCCAGUCCUGAAAAAUCGAAUUCCAAGUCACGUUGGAGAAAUGUAAAAGUAGAAUCGAGAAAAAAUAUUAAAAGAAAGCGAAAAAGAGACCUAGGUCUAUCAUACAUCAACAAAAAAGGAAACGAAAUAGAAAACAGAAAACUGGGAUCACCAUGUGGAUGCAAGAAAAACUGCCGACAAAAGUUACAAGGAAAAGAAGAAAUAUUCCACUCGUUUUGGAAUAUGGAAAAAAAAACUAAAAAAGAAGUAUCUGGCAGAAAGUGUACAAUUUUGUACCACAUCAAAGUUAAUGGUGAAGAUAUAACUGUUUGCAAAGCAGAAUUUUUGGCAGUACAUGGGUUACAAAAAUCGCAAAAACGAAUCCAGUUGCUGUGUCAUAAAAUUACAAUGGGUUCUGUUACCCCUCAAAGAGACCAACGAGGAAAGCAUCUAAACAGACCGAUCAAGAUCCCAGAUGAAACUAUCCAGACAGUAAGGGAUCACAUUAACUUGCUACCAAAAUAUACCAGCCACUAUAGCCGACAAGAUAAUCCAACAAGGGUCUAUUUGGAUUAUGAUCUGCUUCCGAAGACAAGGACAGAAGAAUAUUUUGUACUGAAUUUAAUAUUGGGUUUAAAUUACCCAGAAGUGAUACAUGCAAAGAUUGCAAUUCUUUGCAUAUUCAAAUUGAUGGAAACAGAUAAUGAAACUGAGCAAGCAAAAUUUAAGCUUGAACUUGAGUUACAUUAA